AUAAUGACACUUUUGAACUCGCCUCCUCCUUUCUUCUCAUCACGGACCUCACCCCAUGUUCUCCUUUCCUUUCCUUCCCUUCAAAGUCUUCCUUCCUUCACCUCCUCUUUUCCCCAUUCCCACACCCACCAAACAGCAGAAAAAACCUUGUUUCUCCAUCAAUGGCAGAUCCAGUCUCAUAUUCCAAGCCCCAUUUCCCACUCAAGGAGCUUCACAACUCUAAGCCCGUCACCAAAAUCAAUAAGUCGUCGUCGUCGUCGUCAUCUUUCACUAGUCGCGUCCUCUGUAAGUCUCUCUUUUUCGUGCUCUAUCUUGUUCUUAUUCCACUAUUUCCUUCACAAGCUCCUGAAUUUAUCAGUCACUCUACUAUUUUCACCAAACUCUGGGACCUUGCUCACCUUCUUUUCUUUGGCCUAGCUGUAUGUUAUGGCUUGUUUAGUAGUAGAAAUGUUGAAGAUUUUGACUUUGAACCACCACCCCACUACUCCGAUGAUUCACAAUCAUCUUAUGUCUCUAGAAUUUUUCAUUUUUCUCCAAUUUUUGAGGAUGGGUCUGAAAAUUUAUCUGGGUUUGAUGACAAAAAUGUGUACCAGAAUUGGGACUCACAGUAUUAUAGAGGUGAGUCAAUGAUUCAUGAUACCAAUGGUCUUGAACUGAACAAAAUUGGACAACGGUACUACAGGGGUGAGUCUUUGGUUGAUGUUGCUAAUGGUAAUGAACGAAACGAGGGUGGAUCUUCAGAUGCUGAAAAUGGCUUUGAUAAUUCAAUUGAGAAUGGUGACAGUAAUGUGGUUCAAUCUUGGAAUUCCCAGUAUUUCCAAGUUGAAUCAACAGUUGUAGUGUCUCAACCAAACUAUUCACUCGAUGAAUAUGGUAAUCUAGGACAAGCAAAUGGUUACAGGCCACUAGGAUUGCCAGUUAGGAGUUUAAAUCCGAGGGUUAGGAAUCUGGAUAGUCCUCAAUUUAGUAAUGGAAGCGAGUCUGGUACAAGCUUGUCGGGCUCGGGCUCGGGCUCGGGCUCGGCUGAUGGUUCUGGAAGGAGUGUAAAGGAGAAUGAUUUUGGUGAUAUGGGUCCUACGAACUUAGAGGGGAUGCUUGAUGAAACUGUAGCCUUACCUUCCCAAAGUCCAUGGCGUCCGAGAUUUGAGACAAGGGAAAUUAGAGAGAAAGUGGGUUCUUCUUCUGGAGGUUAUUCACAUUUUAGGCCUCUCUCAGUGGAUGAAACACAGUUCGAGUUUCUCAAAUCGCAGUCUUUCAUAUCCACAACAUCUUUGUCAUCUCAAGGGAAUCCAGGCCCUCAACAUCUCGAUCCUUCACAUUUUAGACCUCUCUCAGUUGAUGAAACUCAAUUCGAGUCUCUCAAGUCGCAAGCUUUCAGAUCCACAACAUCUUUGUCAUCUCAAGGGAAUCCAGGUCCACAACACCUCGGUCCUUCACAUUUUAGACCUCCCUCAGCUGAUGAAGCUCAAUUCGAGUCUCUCAAGUCACAAUCUUUCAGGUCCACAACAUCGUUGUCAUCCCAAGGGAGUUCAGCAUCGUAUUCACCAACGACGCUCUCGCCCUCACGUUCUGUUUCUUCUGAAAUGCCAAACUCUGAAACCGAAGAAUUAGGGGAAAACAAGAGUUACCGUGCUUCUUAUCCUCCUACUUCUCAAUCACCAACAACCAGGAAGGCUGAUGCUCCAUUGAAUGCAUUUCAUUUGAGGAGAUAUAGUAGUGGCUCUUUGUUCCAAAAGGAUUCCCGGAGAAGCUUGAAGGAUGAGUUGAAGGAUUUGAAAGGGAAAAGAAAUGAGGAUACAAUGGGUAGUAGAGAGGCGGGGCAGGCUUCUUUGAGAUCAGUUCAGAAACCUGCAACAAGAAAUGAGGAUACAAUGGGUAGUACAGAGGCGGGGCAGGGUUCUUUGAGAUCAGUUCAGAAACCUGCAACACCUGUUAAAAUUUCAUCACUAAAGGGAAAAUCUGUUAGGACUAUCAGAGCCAGCCGAUAUGCUGCAGAGACAAUAAAAGCUGGAGAGAUGAGUAGAAACCACAUUGAUGAUAAGGUUGGAAAAAUAUGCAAUGAAGCUCAGACAGUAAACAUGGGAAAGGAUGAAAUGGAGAGAGGACCUGAUAAUAUGUUAAUCGGCGCCGAUAAAAAGAACUCUGAUACUCAGCAUCACAUGUCAAAGCCAACUCUUUCGAAGUAUAAGAAGAAAGAAAAUGAAGUAAUUUCAGAGAGUGUUACUGCGGAGUCCACAGAAGACUCAGAAAACGAGAAUGAUAUCUCUCGAGUAAGUUCAGAUGAAGAUUCCGCUCCGCCCAUCUACAAUGAUGCAGGAGACUACUCUAGUGAGGUUGAUAAGAAAGCUGGUGAAUUUAUAGCCAAGUUCAGGGAGCAGAUCAGGCUUCAGAAAGUAGCAUCUAUUGAGAGAUCAAAGGGCAAGCGCAUGAAUGGUACUUAUGUUAGGUGAAAGAUAAGCCUAUACUGCUCCCAGAUAGCUAACAACAUGGAGACCAAGUUGGUUAUUAUUCAUUUUUUAGAUGGUUUUCCUUCUAUUAUCCAUAUUACUCUGUGUUCUAAAUCUACUAUUGUAGAUACUAUAUACAGUUCUCUUGGAAUUGUGAAGUAUGAGUAUCCACCACUUGAUAACACAAUUAAAGAUUUCAGGUCUUCGUCUGAUAGAA